AUGCCGUUGAGUGCCACAGUUCCAAGUUUACUCAAAAUACCUGGCAACAGCUACUGGUCACGGUGUAGUUUACAGAUAUUCUUGGCAAUAGCUUCUAACUUUAAUUUGGCCUCCUUCCAUUCAUCUUUUCAGUCCCCUGCUGCACAUGAAAAUCUCUGUCUGGCUGCCCAUGAACCUGCAGAUACGAGGGUAUAUGGCAAAGGUGAUUGCACCAAAGUCCUCUUCCCGCUAUUGGCACGCGUAUCCUUGGCCUUUGCCAGCGCGCCAGCUGAUCGAGAUCCAAGCAAAUCUCAUUCGAGUCUUCUAAUGCACCACAGUCGUGAUACUGCCGCAAAGCAAUGGGCCGAAACCAUGGUGCUUAUUCUGACUGGAGUCACCCAUUCCGAUUUUUAUUCAAUGUGGCACAAAUUUCUGGACUGCAUUGAGUCUUGCGCACUUUGUCCAAAUUCUGAGAUAUCCAUAAAUGCCCUUCAUUCUCUCCAAUCUCUGCUGGAUAUCGGAGUCGAAGAUGGGAACGUGCUUUCUCGUACAGCACUAGAAAAUCAGAAUCACUCGAAAAAUUGUUUAGAUGAUCUUAAUACAGGCCAAAUGAAUGCUAGUGAGCUCUGGGAGCCUGUAUGGCAUAGUUGGUUGAAUAUCGGGACAUUUGCCUUUACUACCCCGGUUCAGAAUUGCAAUUCACUUCACACGAGAGAGGAUGAGCAUCUUAUAGCAUGCACUUUGAAGGUCCCUCUGGUAGCUGACAAUAGGAUUUCUGAUUCAACAGACUCUCAGAUAAUCAAGGACUCUGAUGAAAUCCAAAUUGCCUGCUUUCCUGGUGUCUUUAUGCCCAGUCCUAGCUACGUUGCUAUCUACUUCAACAUCUUCUCUCAGCUCUACCCUCGAAUUGCCCGUCUUUCCCCGGAACAGCGCCUGGCCGACUUUGACCUCAAGCUAGUGAAUGUUUUCCGAUACGGCGUCCUCUCUCCCAUUUAUGUUGCCACUUUGCAGGCAACCAGCUUAGCCACCGCAGCCCAAACGACUAUCAGUCAGACCGUUUCGUCUACCCGACCAUCCCUG